UUUUUCCCAUCAUGCCGCGCGGCUCCGCGAAGAUGAGGCAAGAUGGCGACUAAAAUAAGCACAGAGAGUAGUCCCCCUCCUUUUGAUUGUCCGACAUGGGCAGGAAAGGCUCCUCAAGGGCUCCAUCUAGACGUGAUGAAGGGAGACAAACUGGUAGAAAAACUCAUCAUUGAUGAAAAGAAGUACUACCUGUUCGGGAGGAACCCCGACUGGUGUGACUUCACCAUCGACCACCAGUCCUGCUCACGUGUCCACGCCGCCCUGGUCUACCACAAACAUCUGAAAAGGGUCUUCCUCCUAGACCUCAACAGCACACACGGUACUUUCCUCGGACACAUCCGCCUUGAGGCACACAAGCCUCAGCAGGUCCCCAUAGACUCUACGAUAUCUUUCGGGGCCUCGACGCGGACCUACACCAUCAGAGAGAAACCCCAAACCCAAGGCACUGCUGGUACAGGGGACAGUAAGGCGGGAGAGGAUGAGGAACUAAAAGGGCUGCUUGGGCUUCCAGAAGAAGAGACGGAGCUAGAGAACCUGACAGAGUUCAACACAGCUCACAACAAGCGCAUCUCGCUCCUAACCAUCGAAGAGGGAAACCUUGAAAUCCAGAGGCCCAAGAGAAAACGGAGGAGCUCCAGAGUUACUUUCAGUGAAGAAGACGCCAUCAUUAAUCCAGAGGAUAUUGACCCCUCGGUGGGACGCUUUAGAAAUAUGGUGCAGACUGCUGUCGUCCCUAUCAAGAAACGGAGAUCGGAGGGCCAAAACACCUUGGGUCUGGACGACAUGAUUUCAAAACGUAUCCACAGCUACAGCUUGGGCGGGGGUCUCUACGGGGACUUGCCUCCCUCUAGUCUUGAUAACCAGCCAACUGGAGCUCCUGGAGGUGCUGCCAUGCAGGGAGGGCUUCCCCUGCCCUUCCCUAAUCCAGCACCAGAGGUGGACCUGGCCCCAGAGGCUAACCAGCCUCCUGUCACCCUCAACCCUACCCCCGUUAUAGCCCCCUACCUACCAGAGACCCACAACGAGCCACGCAAAAAGAAAUAUGCCAAAGAAGCUUGGCCGGGCAAGAAACCCACCCCAUCACUACUCAUCUAACCAGUUUGUUAAAGCUGCUGACUCUCAGGUUACCAGUAGUACACCAUGAACUGUGACCUGGCAGAGGUGGAGUCACUCGCUUCCCUUUUUUUAUUAAUUUGUUGUGUUACACAUUAUCAUCAGAAAGAAAUCACGCAAUUUAAUAUUGCCGCGUCUCAAGACAUCGUCCACUUUAAGUCAGCAGUUGAUAUUUUGGCAGGAAGAGUUCAAUCUUUGUGACUGUGAACAAAUAUAAAAGACAUCAACAGACUUGGCUGUGAGCAUUUAGUACCAGAUUGGCAAUGAAAUAUACCCGUGUGAGUGACAGGCUACAAGGAAAUCGUGGGUCAACAAGUUAUGUUUUUGAUGUGGUGGAUGUCAAGGACAGUUUUUUUCUACUAAACAUAUUUCAACAGUUUUUUCACGUCGUCAAUAUUUUGAUAAUGCUAUUAAAAAAAAUGGCUUAAAAGUA